CACACGAGCUGCGUCAUUUCCUGUGAAGGGACGCGUUGGAGAGCCAGUUCAGUCGAUCCCCUCCGACAGCUGAAGGCUACACGACAUACGCGAGCUCCGUGGUGCUUUACUUUGUUCCUUUACGCACCGACGCGACGAAUAACUUUACAACCUGUUUGAUUUCUGUCUGUGGAAUACAUCCAGCGCACUUUCCAAGAGACUAAAGCCCGUUUCAACUUUCUGAUUUGAGCGUGCCAGAUGGAAGCAACUUUGCAUUUUAGUUUGGGUGUCAUAUGUUACAAAUACUGGACGAGUGGAUUACUGAAUGCGUAACCGGUGCUCUACUUUAAAAAACUAAUCAGCGGGAACGCGUCCGUGUGAUUAUGGUGGUUGUAAAGCUUUGGAUUUCUGGGCAGAAAUCCUGAAGUGCCUCAUAAGGGAUUCACUGUUGACGGCAGAGACAUUGGAGAAGACGCGCUGGCCACUUGACCCUUUUUUCGUGAGCACGAGACGCACCGGAGCGCGCCGCUUUCUGACGCCGUUAUUGGGAAGGCAUUACAGGUCCUCUGUGACCCGUUUGGCGUGAGAUUAAGCAUGACAGCGAGCAUCGAGGCAUCGCAGUGCCAUGCGGCGCUCCGCAGACUCCUGUAGACUCGGUCCCGGUGGUACUGCAAUGCUCGCCGGGCCCCUCCACUUCCGCGUACUGGCUCUGUGAUCCAGGCAAAGGGCGCGAGGAUGAGCACAGACCUGGAGCGCCUGUCGCUGAACUCUUCCUCGGGGAACUCCGUGGCUUCCAGCGCGCGUUCCCUUUCCGCCAACGUCAAAAAGCUUCACAACGCGCUCAACCUGCUGCUCAGCGACCUCGAGAGAGAGCAGUUCAUCCACUGUCUCAACGUGUACCACUCCAAGCGCAAUGUCUACGACCUGGUCCAGACGCUUAAAGUCAUACUGAACGUCCCGAGCAAGCGUCAGCUCCUGCCCAUGCUGCGGCUGGUCAUCCCGCGCUCGGAUCAGCUUCUGUUUGAUCAGUACACAUCCGAGGGGCUAUACUUGAAAUCCGAAAUCCAUGCGCGCAACGGAGACCCGGACGGUGCCCAGGAGGGUGCUAACUCGAGUCCAACACAUGGGGCUAAUUUCCCGGCGUCUCAAGUCGCUCUACGCGGGUCUCCUGACAGCAUCAGCACCAGCAGCGACGGGACAGCGACUCUUAUUCCUUUACUGGGGAGGAAUUUCUUACCGGAGCCCCCUGGAGAGAUCCGACAGGUGAUCCUCAAGCGUCACAAGAGCAAUGAAGGUUUGGGAUUUAGCAUCCGCGGAGGAUCAGAGCAUGGAGUUGGAAUCUAUGUUUCACUGGUGGAACCUGGAUCACUGGCUGAAAAGGAGGGUUUGAGAAUGGGAGACCAAAUAAUGAAAGUUAACGACAAAGUGUUUGACCGGGUCACGCACGCGGAUGCAGUAAAGGUGCUGAAAGGCAGCAAAAAGCUCUGCAUGUCGGUGCGUUCUGUGGGCAGGAUACCAGGCGGUUAUAUCACCAAUCACGUCUACACCUGGGUGGAUCCUCAGGGGCGCAGUGUGUCUCCUCCACCCGACCUGCUGGCGGAGCAUCGCAGUGCCACCCUGCGCAGGUCCAACAGUCAGGGCCGCAGUCACAUGCAGCUACUGCAGGAUGGAGAUGAGAAGAAGGUAACAUACACAUACAAACGCACACUUCUAUAGUGCCUCCAGAGGUUGUUGAACUGUAUAGAUAAAAUAAUCAGUGGGUAAAAUUUACACAUUGUGACUACUGUUUGAUAUGGCUAAAAAGUCAAUGAUGUCAUAUUUAUUACACUACUGUCCUCACACUGUAAUGUUUAGAGUCAUAGUGUAACCCCGCUGGUCUUACACCACCCAACCUGCUCCGAGCUGGUAUCAAACCGACGACCUUCUGCAUCCUCUAACAAGGUGGCACAGCACUUCACUAACUGGCC